AUGGUUGAUGUUUUGAUAACACGAGGUGGACUUGUUGGCAUUUGCGCCGGUGGGGGUUACGCAGUUGGCGCCGCCAAGGGUGACCAUCGCUUCAAGGCUGUCUCUAUUGCAGACGAGAAGGCCGCCGCUCUUGACCAAGUUGCGCAAGCCGUUCAAGCGGAGGCCGCUGGAAACGAGCCUGUCGCCGCCCCUUAUGCUCCGCCGACCCUCGAUGAUAACACCCCUUACGAUCUUAAAGAGGCUUAUGAGUAUUACUUGACCGCUCGUGGCCAGCAUCCCAAUGCUCAAAACAAGAUGUUGCUCCGAUCUACCGGUCUCGUCAUAAACUUUGAUGCUUGGCUAAUUGCCGAUAUUUUCCUGACUCAGCCCCUCCUGAUUGUCGUGGGCGAAAAAGCCGAGAGCAGAUGGCAUUCGGAAAAGAUUUACAAGAUCCUCGAUGGCAAGAACAAGGCGUUGAAGAAGGUAGUUGUACCCAAUGCACGCCACAUGGACUUCUACGAUAAGGAGGACUACAUCAACCCUGCGAUCGAGAAGAUAGUCAAUCACCUCAGCCCCAACAAUUAG